AGAUAGAGAGGGGAUUUUGUGAUAUCUUUUUUUUUUUGGUGGUGCAUAGAUCAAAAGAAAGAAGUAGAGAUCAGGAGAGAGAAUCUAGUUGUGACCAAGACCAAGCUAAUAGUCGUGACCGAGGGAGGGAUUAUGAUUGAAGAAGCAGAGAUCGUGACUGGUACAAUGAUCAAGAACGUGGUAGGGAUUAUGACCGCCCUCAGACUUAUGAUUCUAGAAGUCACCGUCGGUCACGUUCAAGGUCACAUUCCAGGGAUUAUGAUUGUCACAGCUAAGAUUUGAGCCCAAGAAGAAGCUGAGUGCAAUAUAAAGGCCAGGGACAAUCAAAUUUAAUAUAUUCAAGGAUUUGAGCAUCCUCUAUGGGCUAGAUUCUGUCAUGCAAGAAACUCUCACCUGAUCCUCCACCUUCAUUUUUUGAUGUUAUAAGCUAAAUAAGCUAAUUAUAAUUGUUUCUACACUUAAAAAAUAGCCAAGACUAGUUCAUUUUGGGGUUUUAUGAUUCUUUUAAACCAACUUUGAGAGAAUAAAUGAGCUUGAGUUGGAGAUUGAGCUCAAGAUUUUAUGUUUGUCAAGCUUAAGCAUGGUAUUAGGUGAGUAUUGGAUUGAUUCACUCUAGAUAAAACUUAAAAAGUUAAAAGGGUUCACUUGGGUAAUUCUUAAAUGGGUGCCGAAAAAGGACCUUAACCAAAUGUAUUGGUGUAGAUAUGCAUGGGGAUAAGAGUUCUGUUAAAACAUAUAUAUAUAUAUAUAUAUAUAUAUUUUGAUCGGCUCUGUUAAAACAAAUAUUAAAUGCCAUGAUUGGUUUCUAGUAUUGUUUCAUUAGUUUUGGAGUAUAGAAAUAUAGAAAUGGCUAUAAAUCCUGCAUGGAAACAUAACAAUUCAAGGCUUGCGGUUUGGCAAAACACCAGUAGAUUUGAAUGCUGCUUUUGUUUUGUAAAUCCUUUAAUUUUAUCACAAGGAACUUUAGUUUCGUUUGAGCGCGAUCAUCUGACGAAGAGAUGUCAUUCCUCAAGUCACUAAUAUUUUGUUUUAUGAUGUAACUCUCUCCAUGUGUGUUUCUCAGCAAAAGAUUUUAGUUCUUUAUUACUGGGAUUUGAAUGCUAACAUUCCUUCCGUAACUAAUAUUUUGUUAGGCUAUUUUCCUAUCUUUCUUGCUUGAAUUUAUUAAAAUUUUCCAUGCUGAUAUUGAUUAUUCUUCAACUUUACUCUUGUUUUUAAUCAGAAGUGAUCGGUACUAGAUAAUUGUUGCCAGGAAGCAAAUGAAUAUGAAACUGUUCU